AUGGUAGAAUCCAAGAGGGAGGGCACCUCCAGCUAUAGAAGGGGCCAGUACUGUCCAGGCCAUGGAGGUGCCUUCAGCACCUCAGCCAAGUACAGCCUGUGGAGCCCCCACUUCAUCAUGGGGAAGCUUCCCUUCAUUAUUGAACUGUUCCUGUCCUGGUCACUAUUCCUCCUCACCAUUACUGAAAUCUGGCCCUUCCCAGCCUCCAUACCCAAACUACCUUCCCUUGAUGACCAAAUUGCCACUUUCAGCACCACCCUCUCUACUGAAAUCACCUAUGGCCCAUUUGACCCAAUCCUGCAUGACAAAGUACAGUUUCCAUCUCUCUAUCAGGUGGCCCCCAAGUUCUCCUCUCUUCCCUGGGGGAUGGUCCGGUUAAUGGUCCAUUUUGGCUGGACCUGGGUGGGGUUGGAGGUGUCAGAUGAUAUGAAAGGAGAGAGAUUCCUCUUGGAUCUGCCCAGGGAGAUGGUCAGGAACAGUGUCUGUGCAGCUUUUACCAAGAAGAUCCCUAGUGGAAAGUUCAACUUUUAUACAGCCCAGGAAAUCUACUCCAGUGUCAUGGCUACAUCAGCUGCAGUGAUGGCUGCCUAUGGGGAUGCAGAGUCCCUGAACCUUCUGAGAUUUGUGAUAGAGAGUUUUGGACUAUCCAAGAUGGUUUUGAUCACCACCUUUCACUGGGACUUCACUUUGAGCACGACCUAUGAAACAAAUAGCUAUGAUUUUCAUGGGACUUUGACUCUGGCCAACCAUGCUAAAGAGGGUCCGGGUUUCAGAGAUUUUUUGCGGACAGUUAAACCAGCAAAAUAUCCAGAAGCCAUUAUCUUGAAGAAAUUCUGGGAGUCUGCCUUUGACUGUUCUUUUUCACUGCCUGAAAUGAAUGGAAGAAAAUGUUCAGAAAACGCUUCCUUGGAGAUAAUGCCUGUGCACAUUUUUUCUCUGACAAUGUCUGCCCUGAGUUACAGUGUGUACAACGCUGUGUAUGCCGUGGCCCAUGGGCUCCAGAACUUGCUCCUAUCCAACUCAAACCUGAAAUCUCUGGAAAAUGGGGACUGCCUGGUGCCUCAUCCUUGGCAGGUAAUAUUCCCGCUGGCACAGGAGCAGGUGUUUGCCACCCACACACUCAGAGGUGGUGACUACUCUAUAGUCAGUACUACCUUCUUCAAACUUAUAUCUAUUGGAAUAACCAAUGCUGUCCUAUUGGAGAUGCUCCAUGAGUUUCUGAGCAAAGUCCAGUUUGACAACCCUGUGGGGGAGCCAGUGUUUCUGGAUGAGAACUACAGAUCUACUGCAAAAUUUGAGAUUCUGAACUUUGUGAUCUCUCCCAAUGGAACUUGUGAGUUGGUGAAAGUCAGGGAGAUGGACCCCCAGGCACCUCCUGACCAAGAUGUUUUCAUCAGUGAAGCAAUAAUUAUGUGGCCCAGGGGAUCCUCUCAGCUCCAGACUCUGAGCAAGAAAAAGGAAAAGCAGCUCCACGGUCACGGUGCAGCAGGAGCUGUGGACCCAGAUUCAGAAAACACGCCCAGCAAGGGGAGGCUGUCUGCUGCUAUUUUUGUGUCCGGUGCCCAGAGGGGGAGAUUUCCAACCAGACAGCUCUGGUUUUCGAGAUCUUCAUUAAGCACCGAGAUACCCCCAAUAGUCCGAGCUAAUAAUCGCAGUCUUAGCUUCACCCUCCUCCUCUCCCUCAUGCUCUGCUUUCUCUGUGCUCUGACCUUCAUCGGCCAACCCACUCUGGCCUCCUGCCUCCUUCGACAAAUGGCCUUUGGGAUCAUGUUCACCGUGGCUGUCUCAUCCAUCUUAGCCAAAACCUUCACCGUGGUUCUGGCCUUCAGGGCCACGAGCUUGGGGAGCAGAGUCAGGAGGUGGGUGGGGCCCAGAGCCUCAACCUCAACAGUCCUGUCCUGUUCCCUCGUCCAAGUGACCAUCUGCAUGAUCUGGUUGGGCACUGCUCCUCCUUUCCUGGAGGUGGACGUACACUCUGAGCCCAGACUCAUCAUUGUUGAGUGUAACGAGGGCUCCAUGACUGCCUUCUACUGCCUUCUGGGCUACCUGGGUGUUCUGGCCCUGGUGAGCUUCACUGUGGCUUUCCUGGCCAGGAGGCUGCCCGACAGCUUCAGCGAAGCCAAGUUCAUCACGUUUGGCAUGCUGGUGUUCUGCAUUGUCCGGGCCUCCUUCCUCCCUGCAUACCAGAGCACCAAGGGGAAAGCCACGGUGGCCGUGGAGAUCUCCAUCUUGGCCUCUGGUGCAGGACUUCUCAGCUGCAUCUUCAUCCCCAAGGGCUAUGUGAUCCUGCUGCGGCCUGACAGGAACACCCGGGAGUGGUUGAAGAGAAAAUGA